UUGUGACGUACCAUUCACGGACUAAUUCUCAAAACAAGCCCGACUGCAUCGGAUUACGGGAUAACGUGCUGUAGCAGUCAACUGCCUGCGCUGUUUUUAUUAUAAUUAAGGUAAAUACUGUUGAUUACCCCUAUAAGGUAUCUUAAUUCUCUUCAAUGGCGUCUAGAUCUCCUUCAUCCUCCCCCGACUCAGCGACGGGCUCCGGUACUGAUCCAGCCCGGCCUGACACCGGAGAACCGCUCGGUGGAGGAUCCGAUUCGGAUUCAGAUUUCGGAUUAGGGAAAUUUGACUGUGGUGCUGGGGAUACAACGCUUCGACUAGAAGGAGCCGAUCUGGAGAAUGAGUUUGAGGCGGCAGCGGACCGCGUCAGAGACCUCGUGCAGACCGCGAGUAGAGAGCAGCUGCUGUAUCUGUACGCCAGGUUCAAACAGGUCAAAGUUGGAAAGUGCAAUACACCAAAACCUGGUUUCUUCGAUUUCGAGGGUCAGAGAAAAUGGUCAGCAUGGAAACAGCUGGGGGACAUGAGUGCGGAGCAGGCCAUGCAGGAGUAUGUGUCCUGUGUACAUGCUCUGGAUCCAGAAGGCAGCCAGAAGUCAUCAGAGCAAAGAGGAGGAGAGAUUCGGAGUGGAUUCGGCGGGCCAGCAGUUAGCUCUCUGUACCAAGAAGAAAAGAUAAGGGAAGAGGACAAAAACAUUUUUGACUAUUGCAGAGAGAACAACAUCGAACAUGUUCAGCAAGGCCAUCAGCUCCAAGAAAGUGGACGUGAAUACAAGGGAUGA